AUGUCAUCGUUAUUCGUUGCUUUUUGUCUUGCUAAAAAUGUUACUGGAAACGAUAAUUACAUCACCGGAACUGCGAUAUAUCGAAUAAACGAUAAUACUGAUAAAUUUAGAGAAAUUACUUUCAAGGGUUUCCCCAGAAAUUCUGAUUCGUUGGUUACUCCGUUCGAAAAAAAUUCCAUUAUCUUGAUGGUUGGCCAUUAUGUGUAUGAAGAUAAUGUCACUAUAAUUCAAUCUGUUCCCGUAUCUUAUUCUGAUGAUGAAUAUACUCUUACCCAAGAAGACCUCCCAAAUUCGUCUCCCUUAUUACUUUACUCGGCUCCUUUAGUACCAAAUUCAUAUAUUUCUGACAAUAAUGGAGGUCGAGAAAGUUUUAUGCUAGCAAGGCGUUUGUAUAAUAGAGUCACUAACAAUAAACAAAUUGACUCUAAAGUUAUUGUAUUAUAUCUAAACGAAAACAAUCGUUAUAAUGCCUUAAAAAAUAAUCUAAAAAGAACUACCUAUCCAACUAGUGACCCUCAAACUUCAAAUACUUCGUCUAGUAGAACAACAUCUUCACAAGGAGAACUUGACACACAACUUGAAAACAUCGAAGAAAAAUAUGCUGCAUUAACAUCUCAAUUCCCUCAAAAAAGACAAAGAAUUAAUUUACAAAAUUCUUCUUUUAAACCCCAAAAUGACAAAACUACAUCCCCGAAUUUUAUUGAAGUCAUCUCCCGAAUUCAAAAAGAAGCUUCUUCCGCUGGACCUUCUCAUGCAGAAUCUACCCAACAAGUUAUCAACGAACCUAACUCGCAAAAUACGAAUGAAACUCUUACUCCUACUGCAUCUUUUGCAAAUGAAACAAACACUUCUAUUAACAAUAAUAUACCCAUUGAACCUACCCACUCUGAUACUUCUAUUCUUCAAGGCGAAAAAUCUGAUACUAAUAAAAAGCGUCUAAGACCACUUCUACCUGCAAAAAAAUAA